GCGGGGGUGGGUGUGGGUACGUUCCGUAUUGCGCAUGCGUAAAGCAUUACCGGCGACGGCUGUACAAACGGUGGCCUAGCGAAUAAGGGGAUUACGGAGCCCAAUUUGACAGGCUGCACAAUGAGUCAGGGUAAGGACAAUGCACGACUCAAGAGCUACAAGAACAAGUCCCUCAACACAGAUGAAAUGCGAAGAAGGAGGGAAGAGGAAGGCCUCCAACUCCGCAAACAGAAGAAGGAUGAACAGCUUUUUAAGAGGAGGAAUGUUGCCACAGUUGAGGAUGACAGUGUCCUUGAGGAUGACGGAAUGGCCGACAGUGGUUACCUGGAGUCCCAGGCCAACAACAUGGACCCACUUAUGGGUGGGGUCAUCUCUGAAGAUAUGACUCAGAUGAUCUUCUCCAGUUCUCCUGAGCAGCAGCUAAUAGGUACCCAGCGCUUUCGGAAACUCCUUUCUAAAGAACCCAACCCUCCCAUUGAUGAAGUCAUUGCCACUCCAGGUGUGGUGGAGCGCUUUGUUGAAUUUCUUAAGAGAAGAGAAAACUGCACAUUGCAGUUUGAGGCUGCAUGGGUUUUGACCAACAUUGCAUCAGGUACAUCCCACCAGACACGAGUGGUUAUCCAAGCAGGAGCUGUUCCCAUUUUCAUAGAGAUGCUUAGUUCCGAUUUUGAAGACGUACAGGAACAGGCUGUGUGGGCUUUGGGAAACAUAGCAGGAGAUAGCACAGAAUGCAGAGACUUUGUCAUAGACUGCAACAUUCUGCCCUCACUGGUGCAGUUAUUGGCCAAACAGAAUCGUCUAACGAUGAUGAGAAAUGCAGUGUGGGCACUCUCAAACUUAUGCAGAGGAAAGAACCCACCUCCAGACUUCACUAAGGUCUCUCCUUGCCUCAGUGUACUGUCUUGGCUGCUGUUUGUCAAUGACACAGACAUCCUGGCUGAUGCAUGCUGGGCACUCUCCUACCUUUCUGAUGGCCCUAAUGACAAAAUUCAGGCUGUUAUUGACUCAGGAGUCUGUCGCAGACUGGUGGAGUUGCUGAUGCACUCAGAUUAUAAAGUGGUCUCUCCUGCACUGCGGGCAGUUGGGAACAUAGUCACUGGAGAUGACCUGCAGACACAGGUGAUCCUGAACUGUUCAGCACUGCAGUCCUUACUUCACCUCCUGAGCAGCCCUAAGGAAUCCAUCAAAAAGGAAGCCUGCUGGACUAUCUCUAACAUCACUGCAGGGAACCGAGCACAAAUACAGAUGGUGAUGGAAGCAGAUCUGCUUCCUCCUCUUAUCACUAUCUUGCAAGUGGCAGAGUUUCGCACAAGAAAAGAGGCAGCCUGGGCCAUUACCAACGCCACUUCGGGGGGCUCUGCAGAACAGAUUAGGCAUCUAGUGGAACUUGGCUGCAUAAAACCUCUGUGUGACCUGCUCACACUUAUGGACUCCAAAAUCGUGCAAGUGGCUCUUAAUGGUCUAGAAAACAUCCUACGACUGGGAGAACUGGAGGCAAAGAGAGGAGGAGGCAUUAACACAUACUGUGCACUCAUUGAGGAAGCCUAUGGUUUGGACAAGCUGGAGUUCCUUCAGGGCCAUGAGAACCAGGAAAUCUACCAGAAAGCCUUUGACUUGAUCGAGCGCUACUUCAACACUGAAGACGAGGACCCAUCGUUGGCUCCAGCUGUCGAUCUGCAGCAGCAGCAGUUUCUCUUCCAGCAGUGUGAGGCUCCCAUGGAAGGCUUUCAGCUAUAAUGCUAAAUCCUCCCUCUCCUGUGCUCCACCUUCAUCCUCACCUAAGCUAAUUUCUCUCACACUGAACCCACUGCCAUGUUGAAGGGUAAUGCUGACCCUAGGUUCAAUUUCUUCCUUCUCAUUGUCAGAGAGAUACUCAUAAUUUCUCAUAAUUAUGAAAAAUGUAAUUUUACAGGAGCACGUGUGCGUAUGUCCAAUGUGGGUCAAGUUCUCGCAGUCUUGUCAGCCAGUUUGUAAAGGUUUUAUUCAUCAUUCAUCUUGUGCAGACAUGAUCUCUGCACUCAAUCCUUGAACACUUCAAGCCCACCCACCUGCUCCAGCAUCUCCCAUAAGUUGAUCACUUUGACAACGUUUUCCCCUACAGACUGUGUGCUUUUUGGAUUUCGUCAGCUCAUCCCAUUUUAAAGGCCCACUCCCCUUUAUGUUUCCGUAGGAUUGGUUAACCCUUUUUUCUGAGUCAGUGGGAGUUUGUAGGACUGCACUGCUUGUCUGAUUGAAGCAUUAAUGACUCGCAAGACAGACAAACAUGGACAUGAUUUGAAUCCCCCUCCCACAUACGUUGAAGAAUGAUCUAACCUAAACACUGGACUGACAAUGAGACGCUGACCAUGUUUGACUUUGGUCGUUAGACUGAAUUGCCCACAGUGGGUCCAUGUGGCCAGUCCCAACCCAAGGACUCUACUGACCUCUACAAAAGGCACUUAAACGACUUCAAAUGGAGGUGAAUUCCCUCGCCUCUACUUUCCGGCCAUUGGAUAAGUGACCACGGAUGGACAAAAUAGGAACUUGACUGUGUUGCUGAGGGGCGGAGGUUGUCAGUGACAAAUCUGGCUGCUUGCAUACCCUCAUGGAUCUCAUAUCAUGCAUUCCUUUAUCCAGUAAUGGGACUUUUCAGCUGCUCCAUUCUGAAGAGUUUUUACUGCCUCCUGCCUCUGGUGUGAACCCCAUGGAACCAUGGGAAUUUGAGUCUUCCCUCGCACUGAGACAAUUGGACAGACUUGGACAAGACAGAACAGACUAUUUAACCCUGAAGUCUGUCAAGCAGCAGACCAGUGUUAAUUUUUAUUAUCCUACUAUAAUUUCAUUUCAUUUGCUGCACUUUAGUUCUGGACUGAUGCCUGCACAUUGAGAAUAUACCUAUUUACUAUUUAAUUGGUUGGUUAAAUAGGCUCUCUCCUCAUCAGUAGGUGAGGUUUAAAGAGGUGUGGUCUGUAUCUUUGGUCCCCUCUAGAAUGGUGAGGAUUACAAUGUAUUUCACCGUUUACCCUUCCAGCAAAAGGGACUUCAGCUUGUGAACUGAAACUGUUAGCACACUAAUUACAAUCAGUAGAUAAUGCUGCCUCAGCAAAGCUAGAAGAACUAACAAUCACACUCAGUGGAAAAUUGGCUGUUCAGCUGUGUGCAGACAAAAAACAUGGCAUUCCAACCCAUGUUCAGGUAGUUUUUGUUUGUUUUUUGAUCAUGCCAAAUCAUUACAGCUGAUUUGAUUUUUGGUUCUGGACAUUAGAAUUUUUUUUUAUUUGGGGUUAGCAUCAGCAAUGUUGCUGAUGGUGCCAUAAUCCUUAUUGUAUGAGAUUCUUCCAGAUAAUUUCAACAAAAAUCCAGAGAAAACUUGAGAAUACUGGUGAUUACCUUAGUUAGCAAAACUGAAUGUUUGUUUACCAAGUCCUGUUUGCUUACAUUGCUUACUUUUGUCAAAAUCUCUACAAGAGAUGACCAGCCCUACAUGUUCAUUACUGUUUGUUGUAUUGAGUUUGUGCAACUGUCCCCAGUUAUACCAUUUGCAUAAAAGCUGUUUCAUCAA